GAUCCGUGUGGAUGCCAGUUUACUAAUAGAGGGCACUGAGUUCGCGCGCGCGUUAGUUGUCGACCCUAUGCUACGGGGUUGUGUUUCCUGUUUCCAGUGAAUGUGGGGCAUGCUCAAGAUCCUGCUAGGGGAUGUCUCAUUAGAAAUAGAUUAGCCACGGGAAGCACAUUAGUGCGAGUGCAUCGGUACCGCACAAUCGAGUGAAAGUUGAACCUCACUUGUGCCGGAUCUUAUCGAGUCCGUUGUGUAGUGUUUGAUUUGGUCCGGAAAAACAAGAUAAGACCUCGUUUGCGUUAUCAACGUCAUCGGAUAUCGAUGACGACGGCACGCGUUCCAUCAAGUGAACGAGUCGUAAUUAUGUGAACCACUCAAGAACCUGUCCGUCACUCGACGGCAUAAAAGGAAAACCGGAGGGCGUACGUACACAAAAUGCUCCACAAACGUUGAAAUCGAAAGUGUUUGUAAAAAGGAUAGACUUUGCACAGUGAUUAGUAAGCGAUUCGAUCAUCUCGCGGCCGCGAAAAACACUCCCAUAUAGGAGUGUAUAUCUAUUUGGGGAGGAGGGCUCAGAAAACUGCCCGGAGCCAAUGAAAAAGCAAUUUCGUAGAAAUUAGCUCCCAUUAAUUUAAAGUGAUGCCGAGAGGUUCCCCGCCAGUCCUGUAUCGUACGCAGACUCUCGGUCAUUCAGUGUGAGCCGGCGCGAUAUCGGCAGCAACUGUCGGCGAUCCAUUGAUCAAAAGUGUGUCUGGUGUCGCGCGCGCGAUUCAAGUGUUCGGCCUGGUCGCAACCUCAAAGUGCUUUGAAAAAUCUGAAGCAUCAAUAUCGAUUUCCAAAUAAAGACCCUCCCCUUGCAUCUGGAGCCAAGAAUCAGUAGUUGCUGGAGAAUUCGUGUAUCGUAGAGUGAAGAAAUUGAUCACCAGUGAGUGUGCGUCGUCUGCCAACCGAUCCAAUUUAAUCGAAUUAUAAAACGAGAAUCGCGUAAAUAUUGAUGAAGGUGAGCUGUCGACUGUGGUCGUCGCCGUCAGCUACGUCGCCUAAAGCGUGAUCCGUUGAUGUAGUGAAAGGAAAAUGCAGCAAAUUAUCUUUUAAAUUGUUUACAAAAGUUCGGAUACCAGCGCCCCAUCGCCGUCAUUGUCAUCAGGUGUAUCGAUCUCAACCCAUCAAGCCAAGUCAACGCAUCCUGCCGAUUUUCCCCCAAAAUCAUCGAAGUGCAAAACCCAAAUCCCGCGUCCGUGUUCGCGUCGUCGUCGCGUCCAACAAGUACCUAACCGAUCGACCAAUUUUUCGCGUAAUCAUUCGUAAUUAACCCGUCCGUCCGAAAACUCUGCUGCUGGCUGCUAUUAAUCACGGAGUUCCCUUAGCUGGUCGAAUUCCGCCACACCCGACAGCGUAUCGUUUGCUGUAACAAAAAGUGGACGAAUGUCAGCACCCCAUCCAUCGUCGUCCUCGCCCGCCGUUCAGAAGAAGCAAGAAGAGAGAGAUUUCAAUUAAGCUGUUAAUUAAUUUACCAUAAUUAUAUUGGAUGUUUAAAUUUUCAACUCGUUCCUUCGGGCCGUUCCACUGCAUAUCUGAGGCAAUGUGAAACCAUCCGACCACCACGUGUACAGACUGAAGCUGCUAGUCGCGUGUGGGGAGGUCUGCUGACAGCCGCCCACUUCCAAUGAAGCAUGGAAAAACAAGUAGCCUUGAUUGUGGGGCAGCGGCAUUCAACGGCCGGGAAAACAACAACAGCCUGAAGGUGCGCAACUCGCUGGUCCGUGAAUAAAACAAGUCCCACUCUCGGGAAGAAAAUGCAGUCAGGUGAAAUUGCAUUAGGAAAAACAUCCUUCGGUUCCGCGUAGUAAAAGAAACGUGACUCCCACACAUUGUCGUCGUUGGGCCGGGAAUUCGUUCUCCAAGUGGCCCUGCUGUUGCCUACGAAGAUAGUUCCGAGGAAAGUCAAUUAAUGAAGAUUGGAAUGACUUUUGUGUAAAAUAGAAUUAGGUUCUCAAAGUUUUAAAAGCUUUAUUCUGCGAUAAUCAAAAGUGUGUAUAACGAAAAAGUUUGUCCUAGGCCAAAUGUUAUAGAGGAAAUGUGUAGUUAUUGAAGAUGUUUCAGUAACGAAGAUCUAUGGCGAAGAAGCGAACGAUGUGCAGAUAAGCGAUUCUAAGUGGGUAAAUAAAAACAAAGUGAAAAAAUAACAUCCGUGCGAAUUGGUCUCGUUCCACCCAUUUUUCCCGUUUGUGUAUACUGUGCCAACGAUCGAUAUAUAAGCCAUCGGAGAUUAGGGUAGAAACUUUUCCACCCUCGCAGCAGCAUCACCAGCGUCGUUGAAAAAUGGCCGAAUCUAGCGGUAGCGGCAGCAGCAGUGAUGAAGAGCUAGCUCAGGCUGCCGCUACGGCUUCGAGCAUGUCCUCGUCUAGGGCCGGAUCUGCUCCGGUGAAGAUGGUCCCUUCGAAUCGAGAACGUGGCCCGGCCCGUUGUCACGAGUGCUACGGUGACUGCAUCGACUGUAGCGUCGUCUGCUGCAAAGAUACGGUGCACAAGUGUCACUCGGAUUCGCUGAGCGGAAGGAUUAUUACGGGCAAAAACUUGCUGACCCGUUCGCUGCGAUAUGCGCCUGGUCCGGCAACCAGGAAGUGUGUCCUCACGCUGGAUGGAUACUCGUACGUUAUCGUGGCUAGUUCGCCCGAGAACAAAUUUACCAAAGAUGAUCUAGCCGCGGUAGCUCCACGUGAACAGUCACCCUGCUACGACGCCACGUGUCAAGGUUCCGCCUCCGGCUACGGUGCAUGCUCGUCCGCCGGGACCCAAUCGCAACCACUGCAGCGGCAAUCACCAGUGCAGCAGCAAUCACCCCUGCAGCUGCAACAGCAGCCGAGGCCCCCAUCGUCGUCCGGCUGUCUACCGCACCAUCAUCAUCAUCACCAUCACCACCAUCAUCACUGUCAUCAGACAGCGCCGCCCGCCGCCCAGGGGCCAUCCUUCGCCGACUGUAGCCCACGUAAUGGACAACUGGCAAAACAAGGCAGUCUGACGAUUGUGAGGCGCACCAACAGUCGGAAAAACACGCACAUCCUGCAGCAGCAGCUUCAGCAAGAGCCACUCGAAUCUGACACUGACCAGCAGCAACUGCAAGAGGAGGACUACUCCCAGGAGCAGCAGCAGCCUCUUUCGGAAAGUGAACUCGCGUUCGUCAACAGUCAGCUCAGCCGGGAGCUCGAAAGUAUGCAACCAACAGCCGGGUCCGGGUCCGGGUCGCCGCCGUCCAGCGCCGUCGUGCACCGCGCCGAUACGCUCACCGGGGAUGAGUUGGAGAAUGUUGACUUGGCCACAGACAAUCUACCAGCGGUCGAUACACCAGAUGCAUGUGAUAAAGCCGCACUAAGACUUCGCUGUCUUUUGCGGCAACUGCAGCGUGGCGAAAUUUCCGCCGAGCUGCUGCAGAAAAACCUUCAUUACGCCGCGCGCGUACUUGAAGCGGUUUUCAUCGACGAGACAAAUCAAGAGGAUGGCAGUGGUGUUAACACAGCAAACAGUGGUGGCGGUUGUGGUGCUGGUGGUGGUGGUGGUGGUCCUAAAGCUAACAACGUCGGUACCAUAGGAGACAGUAGCAACGUCAGCAAUGCCACCAGUAAGGAGCCCCGGCGGGGCGUCACGACUUCGGCCCCGCCCACCCACAGUGGUCCCACUGGACCACCGAUCGGAAAAACCGUCAUACAGAGGCGAAAACUACGCGCACCGGUUUGGGCCAGACGCCUAGCUGACGAGGACGAUGAACUGUCGGAGGUGCAACCGGAUGCCGUACCGCCGGAGGUGCGGGAAUGGUUGGCGUCGACUUUCACCCGCCAGCUCGCAACCACCCGGAAACGGUCGGACGAGAAGCCCAAGUUCCGCUCGGUGGCCCACGCCAUCCGGGCGGGCAUAUUCGUCGAUCGGAUCUACCGACGCAUCUCCAGUACGGCGCUGAUGCAGUUCCCGCCGGAAGUGGUGAAGGUGCUGAAGUGUCUGGACGACUGGUCGUUCGAUGUGUUUGCCUUGGCCGACGCUGGCAACUGCCAACCGGUCAAGUACCUGGGCUACGAUCUGCUCAACCGAUACGGUAGCAUCCACAAGUUCAAGAUUCCGCCGGCCAUGCUGGAAACGUUCCUAUCGCGCAUCGAGGAGGGCUACUGUCGCUUUCGCAAUCCAUACCACAACAACCUGCAUGCCGCCGAUGUCGCACAAACCGUACACCACAUCCUCUGUCAGACGGGGAUGAUGCACUGGCUAACCGAUCUCGAGAUCUUCGCCACGCUGCUAGCGGCCUUAAUUCACGACUACGAGCACACGGGGACGACCAAUAAUUUCCACGUGAUGUCCGGAUCGGAUACAGCGAUGCUGUACAACGAUCGUGCCGUGUUAGAGAACCAUCACAUCAGUGCAGCGUUCCGGGUGCUGAAAGAGGACGACUGUAACGUGCUGCAGAAUCUCUCGAAGGAAGAGUACCGCGAGCUGCGGUCGCUGAUCAUUGACAUGGUACUCGCGACCGAUAUGUCGUUCCACUUUCAGCAACUGAAGAACAUGCGCAACCUGCUAACGCUGGCCGAGCCACAGGUGGACAAGUCCAAGGCGCUCUCGCUGGUGCUGCAUUGUUGUGAUAUUUCUCAUCCGGCCAAACGCUGGGACAUCCAUCACAAGUGGACAAUGCUACUGCUCGAGGAGUUCUUCCGGCAGGGCGAUCUCGAGCAGGAACUCGGGCUCCCCUUCAGUCCGCUCUGCGAUCGAAACAAUACGCUGGUGGCGGAGUCUCAGAUCGGUUUUAUCGAAUUUAUCGUCGAGCCCAGUAUGGCUGUGUGUGCCGAUAUGUUAGAGAUAGUCUUAGCACCGAUAGCACCAAUCGCAAUGAAUAGUAGUAAUAGCAAGAAUAACAAUAACAAUAAUACUAGCAUUAAAGGAAACAAUACUCUAAGUGUACCGAACAACAACAACAGUAGUAGCCACAAUAAUACAAGCAAUGAAGCAAUAACUAAUAACGGCGGCAACGGGGGUGGUAGCGGAGAAACAGGUACCGGUGGCGACAAGCCGAAGCCGAAACCGGACGUGAAGAAUGGCGCGAAACCGGAUCGGUUCGAGAUCAAGAAACCGUGGAUCACUUGUCUGGCGGAGAACAAGAAAAUUUGGAAGGAACAAGCGCAGAGAGAUGCCGAAGCUAGAGCGGCUGCAGCUGCUGCAGAAGCCGCUGCUAAUGCCGCAGAGCAACAAACUACUGAGGACGUCCCGGAGACGGACCAGGAGCCACAAGAAGACAGCAAGGAAUAGAUGGUUUUCUACAGCAUCCUAUUGACAUAACAAUAGGGCAGCCACUAUACAACUAACUACUGUAACAAACUAUUACUACCACAACUAGUAGUGCUAGUACCAGACACAAACAUACAUAGCCACAGAUACUUUUCUAUUGCAAAAUGCCCUCGAAAACCGGAUCAAAUAACGAAACCGCAGAUAGAUCAGUAAAUCCAAACCACCCACAUAGACGAGUAGUAGUCUUUUAAUGGUAUUUUUGUGCGCGUAAAAAAAUCAAGCCAACGGAGACACCCGGAGCACUCCGGGUCUCUGUUGUCACAAUCUUUCACAAGGAAACUAGUAGUCUAAAGCCAGCAAACAGUAGGAUGACCCUAUUAAAAAAAGAAAAUAUUAAAAAAGAAGAUACACUCAUAUUUCGAUAAAUGUUAUUAGGAGAGAACAAUCUAAACAAAGAGUCUAAUAGCAUAAUAAAACAGAAAAAAAAACUAAGCAAAGAUGAAGAAAUGACAAAGUAUUUACAAUCUCUAUCCAUACAGCUUACACACAAUAACAUGACUAACACAACCCACAAUCAAAUACACACAUAUUCAUAUAUUAUAGCAAAUGCAAAGAAAAAAGGCAACUUAGAACCCACAAAAGGAUGGAUUAAAUAAUCGAUUUCGCUCCACACCACUCAUGCUAUCAAGUCCUACUGUUCGAUUGUCAUCCUAAAGUUUGAGUCGAUUGAACCGAAAACUUUGGAAAGCCGAUUUAAGUCAAGCAGGAAUUGAAAUAUGAAAAGUGAGCGUUUCAUUCAGACGAUUCAAGUCACUUUUUCCGCAUUAUACAUCUCCGAGAUUCCCACUGAAACGCUUAUUAACUAUGUCCAAUGAUUCCAAGGUCAAAUUUUCGGAAGACACUCAGAACGUGAACGGUGUGGUACAAAAUCGAUUUGUUGACCCACCGUAACCCACAUGCUCUCUAUUUUCAACCGUGUAAUUCAGCAAACUUUCUGUGAACCCUACAAAUAAAGAUAAACUUUUGUGCACAGUACAUUGAUUGAUGACUUUGUAUCGAAUCGAAUCGGAAAAUCACUCUUUUUUAUUUUUCUUUAAAAAUGCAGCUACUUCAUUGCCAUUCUUCGCGGCGACCAACUCAAAUCCCAUUCGAUGGUAUAAUACAUAAUGAACCAUAAAAUAUGAGCUAUAUAAUUGAAUAAAAGCAAACAUGAAACCGCACAGAAGUACACUCUACUGCAAACGGAAUUCCGAUAAUUAAGGCUUACAAUCGUGUUGUUUUUUUUUAUUAUCCUGUUCCUAUCUCGUGCUUGUGCUCUUCGCAACGCCGGUUCCAUCCUUAUAACGAAGAGAAAGUUUCCCAGUAUGCAAAGCUGCAUUAUGAGAACUGCUUCCAUUACUCACCACGACUAUACCGUUAAUGGGGAUUAAAUAAGAGGGAGCUAUAACCGUACGGGACAAGAUGAGUCUUCUUGGACCAUCGAUGACCAUUGACGAUAGCAUUUCAAACAUGCAAAGGUAGUGGAGUAUUUAGCAUUUGGAGCAAAAAUCCUGGGAAUUGAUUUAUCACAUAGAUAGAAAAUUCAAAAUUAAUCCCCCACCCCCUUUGCUCUGCUAAAAAAAACAUUGAAUCUGCAAAGAGUUAACUUGAGGAGAAUAUUUCCUUUUUAAUUAGACUACUCCAGCUUAGCCUAUUUUACUGGUGAUGGGGGCACAAUUAGGGGGAGUGCACGAAGAACAGCAUUACGUUGGGCAGGCCUAUUCGCUAAGAGGAUUACGUGUCUGGGCGUUCUUAGGCUUCCAGUAAUGGUCGAUGCUUGUAAAAUAUUAAUCACAACUGGAAGUGGGGAUAGCUUAUGUCGGUAUUGAUUUUUGCCACGAGUGGAUUCAUCGUGGGACAUUUUCGAACAGUUAUGUUUGAUAUGCACUGUGUUGUUGCAUUACGCUCUCUCAAGCGGUUUUGUGAUAUUUCGUGUGUAUUGCAUUACGUGCAAUGGAGCAAAAGAAGAACAGACAGAAACAUUUUUUGUCGUGAUUUUGUUGUACAUUUUUAGUAUUUUUUCAAAGGUACAAAUUAAGAGAUCCAUUUGACCCAAAGUGUUGGAAAAAUCAAACUACUAGCUUCCGUUUGAAGAGCUAAAACUAAAAAGUAACUUAGAUGUUAGAAACCUGUAAUGAGUUUCACAUUCACUACAUGAUUUAUUACUUAAUCAUUUAAACAUUUUUUCAUACAGAUGUUCAAUCUUAUCACUACAUUAUUUCCCAAUUAAAUUUCGUUUAUUCAUUUCCAUACAUUCCGCCAAAGCUGGUCAUU